AAUAGAGAUAAAAAAAAAAGUAAGAGAGUAGAAUUUUUAUAAUGGGCUUAAGCCCAUAGAAAUAUGAUAAGUUGGGCGGGCCAGAUGUCCAUAAUUUAGCGCGAAGGUGAAACUUAACAAACAGCUCUUCCUACUUCCGAUCAGAGUGCAGCCUCGACGUUUGCCGCCACCACCGCAGACUGGCAAAAGAAGACGCAACGCAGGGGGGAAAAUGGGGAAGGGAGAUGAACUGUGGGACGAUUCAGCUCUUCUCAACGCUUUCGACGACGCCAUUUCCAAGUACAAGAAGUAUCAUGGCAAGGAAGGCCAGGAAAAGUCAGCUGAUAGUGGAGAUGUUUUAGCUCACAGCCUCACAGCGGGGAUUCUGCUCCUGUUGUGGAGGAAGGUCAUGGAGUAUCAAGGGAGGUGGAUGAAACUGGGGAAGGUGCAUCACAACCUACAGAGCUCAAGGACGGAUUAUGCAUUGCACCAUCGGAUGAAAAUCAUUUUGCAAGAUUAUAACGAGCUACUAAGCCAGUAUUACGAGCUGGAAGAGAAAAAGCAAAAGGUUCUUGAACAGCUUCAACAACUAGGAGGCUACUAUUACCAAGAUCCUGCUGAAGUUUCUGGUUCUGCUUCCCAGUUAGCUAACUGCUCCACUUUUCAAGACCAUUCAGUCCCAGCGGCGAACCAAACUUAUGCCUCAGUUGCCUGCAUAUGUACCACUUGCUGCCCUUAUGCCAGUCAUUGUCCAGCAGUUUCAUGCUGUGGUGGUAAGUUAGGCACCGAGUCUGCCAUGGUGACUUGUCGUGGAAAGUCUUGUCCUCUUGGGGAGAGUGACAUGGUUAAAACAGCCAUGGAAGCUGCUGAAAGAGCGAUGUUAUCUAUGAAAGGGAAAUCCUCAGACAAUAAUGGUGUCGAAGGUGAAGAAAAACAGGGAAAGGCACAUGGCCCUACCUCCGGAACUGAUCUCUGCAACGUCUUAAAUGCUUGGUACUCUGCUGGUUUUUUCACCGCAAAACUCCCAGCUGGCCUAGUUAACUUGGAGCAGAAGGAAUACAAGUGAUGGCGUGAUUGGAUGGCGAUGGAGCAAAAAUUAAAUUUACUAGAGGAAA